AUGAAUUAUAAAUAUGAAGUGCUGGAUAAUGAGUUCAUAAAUUCAACAAAUAAAAAUGAAAAUAAUAAUAUCGAAAAUGGUAACUAUUCAAGUACAAGUUUAAAUAAUAUAUAUACAAAAAUAGUAAAAAUAAGAAAAGAGCUUGAAAAAUCAUAUAAUUUAUUCUAUUCAUAUAAUUUAGUUAUAUCAAAUCAAAAAGAAGAAAAUGACAGCAACUUACAUAAUAAUUCUAAUUUAUAUAAAAGAAGUGAUGUUAUGAAUCAAAAUAAAAAUACAAAAAAUAAUUUAACCUUAAAUAAAAUAAAUGCUUUAACUAAUUCAUUUUUUAUGAAUGUUGAGACUUUAAAAAAUACUUAUUCCUUUAUAAAUGCUAAUAAUAUGAAUAACAAAAUAAUGAACAAUGAAAAUGUAAUUUGGGAGAAGAGAAUUGAAACUUUAUCAAAAGAAUCCAAUUCUUACAUAAAAACAUUGGAUAAUAUAUAUAAGAAUAAUUUAAAACAGUCAGAGAUGAAUAAUAAACCAAAUACUUAUAAAAGUACCAAAAAGAAAAAUCUUAACGAUACUAUAAGCUAUUUACAUAAUGAAAAGGAAAUAUUAAAACAGGUAGAAAAUAACUUAAAUAUAUUUCAUGCUCAAGGAAUGAAUACUUUAAAUAUGAUAAGAAAACAAAAUAAAUUUUUAAAAAAUGUUCGUAAAAAAGUUAUUGAUAUAUAUAAUUACGUAGGUUUAUCCUCUUCAUUAAUUGAUACUAUAAAGAAAGUGCAUAAACAAAAUUUAAUUAUUGUAAUUGUAGGAAUAAUUUUAAGUUUGAUAUUUUUUUAUGUUUUAUAUUCUUAUUUUAAAAAGUGA